AUGGCUUCAGCGUGGUUUCUCCACUCAAGUCACAUUCAUAUUCAUGGUGGCUUUACCUCUGCACUUCCCGCCAUUCCACCCUUCUCACGCAACCGUCUCACAUCGCUCGAUCGGGUUUACUUCUCUACGAACCGGUCCUUGCCUCCUCUGUGUGCAGUGUCCAAGAUUGGUUUCUCAGCAGCAAAAGAUGAAGCCGCUUCUCCUGGUGAUAUUGAAUUCGAGGCGCCAUUGAAAAUUGUGGAAUAUCCAGACCCAAAAUUGAGGGCAAAAAAUAAACGCAUAGUUAGCUUCGAUGAUAAUCUGAAGAUUCUUGCCCGCGAGAUGUUUGAUGUAAUGUACAAAACCGAUGGUAUUGGUCUCUCAGCACCCCAAGUUGGAAUCAAUGUUCAACUUAUGGUAUUCAAUCCAGUGGGUGAACCUGGGGAAGGAGAGGAAAUUGUUCUUGUAAAUCCAAGAGUUAGCAAAUACUCAAAGAAACUGUCAAUUUUUAAUGAAGGGUGUCUAUCAUUUCCUGGAAUAUAUGCUGAUGUGAAGCGACAUGAAUCAGUGAAGAUUGAUGCACGUGAUGUAAAUGGAAAUAGAUUUUCAUUCUCAUUGGAUGGGCUUCCUGCUCGAGUAUUCCAGCAUGAGUUUGAUCAUCUGCAGGGGAUUCUUUUCUUUGAGAGAAUGACUGAAGAAGUUCUUGGUAAUAUCCGUGAACAGCUACAGGCCUUGGAAAUGAAGUAUGAACAACUGACUGGAGUACCAAGCCCUGAAAAGAUACAAAACAGGAGGGAAAGAAGGAAUGCUGUCGGUUUUGGGAAAUCAUGAUCAAACCUGACUCAGGUACAACCGUAAGCUCACACACGUACGAAGAUUUCGAAUUCGAAACGUUUCGAGUUUGCACAAGUAGUAGCAGGAGGGGACUGCUCUGCGAAGAGAAAGCUGGCUGAAACAUUCCUUUUGACGCAAGUCCAUCUGGCCCAGAAAAGUGAGAUUUCUAAUGGAUCCUAUUAGUUUCUUAGCUAUGAAAGAAAAUACAACGAAAAUCAGAGUGUAGAAGAAACAAGAGUGCUAAAAAUGCAAUCAUUAUCUACGUGUUCAUUCAUCAUAU